AUGCCCUGGCUGUCGGAGACGUCGGCGAUGGUGGAUGGGAAGUUCCUGGCGUCCCACCCGACGGCGUUCGCGGUGACCAAGCUACACACCUGGAUGGGCGCCGUCUUGGCCGUGAGGAACUCCGCCACCGGCGCGGCCGUGAUGGAGGUGGAGACCGUCGAGGUUGGCUACCGCAACCUACGCGCCCUCGUCUUGCUCGACGCGGCCUCGCGCCGCCCCCUGCUAACGGUGGAGGAGGUCGGCACGAACCGGCGGCGCUGGCAGGCGAUCAGGGGCGGGGGCGCGAGCCGGGGCAACCGGGUGUUCGUCGCCAUCGACAGGACGGGGUUUUUCGAGACGGGGGUCCUGGUCGACGUGUUCCUCGAGGGCAAUUCCACCGCCCACCCGGACUACGUCGUCCACGGCAGCUACUUCAAAGGAGCGAUGACCGUCUCCCGCGGCGGCGGCGGCGGGGAAGAUGUUGCGCAGAUCGGCAAGGAGGACGGCAGCAAGUCGAGCGUGCUGAGCGGAGAGCACACGUACCAUGUCAACAUCGACCCGGACGUGGACCAGGCUCUCGUCCUCGCACUCACCGUGAUUGUCGACCAGAGGCACAAUUAUGAUUUUGAAAGCUCAAGCUGUUCUUGUAACCAUUCGUCUCACCAUGCAAGUAGAUCGACAGGGAGCCGCAGUCAUCAUUAG